UGACUCUUCGCCCGGUGCUGUGUCCCUUUAAACGCAGGCAGGAGAGCAGAUUUCCGAUCGUCCGUGAAGAGGAUUACGACUUGAGUCCUGCUCUGCUGCGUGUGCUGCUACAUCAUCUCAGCUGACCGGAGAGUUCCCUCCGCAGGGAGUAAAGCCGCCCUGCUGUAUGCUCAGCUCCUCACACAAACAUGGACUUCAACGUGAAAAAACUCGCUUCUGGAGCAGGAGUGUUCUUCACCCGGGCGGUGCAGUUCACAGAGGAGAAGCUGGGCCAGGCUGAGAAGACGGAGCUGGAUCCCCACUUAGAGAACCUGAUCACUCGGGCCGACUGCACCAAGAACUGGACUGAGAAGAUCCUGAGACAAACCGAGGUGCUGCUGCAGCCCAACCCCAGUGCUCGAAUAGAGGAGUUCAUCUACGACAAGCUGGACAAGAAGCUUCCCUCCAGGACGACCAACACAGAGCUGCUGGGCCAGUACAUGCUGGAGGCGGCUAAUGAGUUCGGACCAGAGACGCCAUACGGCAGCACCCUGAUCACAGUGGGAGAGUACCAGAAGAGACUGGGAGGAGCUGAACGAGAGCUGCUCCAGACCUCAGCCACCACCUUCCUCACUCCUCUUCGCAACUUCCUGGAAGGCGACUGGAGGACCAUAUCGAAAGAGAGGCGGCUUCUGGAGAACCGACGGCUGGAUCUCGACAUCUGCAAAGCGCGCCUGAAGAAAGCCAAGCAGGCAGAAGCCAAAGCAGCGCUGCUGAGUGAGGAAGUGGACAAAGCAGAGCAUGAGCUUCGUGUCGCUCAGACCGAGUUUGACCGUCAAGCCGAGGUCACCAGACUGCUGCUGGAAGGCAUCAGCAGCACACAUCUCAACCACCUGCGCUGUUUACAGGAUUUUGCAGAGGCUCAGGCCACUUACUACGCCCAGUGUCAUCACUACAUGCACGACCUUCAGAGGGAGCUCAACAAAUGUGCUAACCCUGCCGGCGGCCCCGUCCCGCCUGCUGCCGUCUGCCCCAACCCCGUCUCCUCUGCCUUCCUGACGGGACUGCCAGCUGUCGGGGACACGGUCACGUCUUCGUCCAGCGGCCGGCCCGAGACGCUGGCCAUGGAGCAGAUACCGCUGCCUGGCACCGGCACCAGGAAGGCCAAGGUCCUGUAUGACUACGACGCCCAUGAUGCCAGCGAGCUUUCUCUCCUGGCUGAUGAGCUUAUUACAGUAUACACCGUACCAGGAAUGGACCCUGAUUGGUUGGUUGGAGAACGGGGGAACGAAAAGGGCAAAGUCCCUGUCACCUACCUUGAACUGCUGAGCUAAUGGACCAAACAACAGGACACACACACACACACACACACACACACACACACACACGAUCACUCGUGAUCUGUGUCUAUUGAAAAUACUUAUGCAAACCUGUCUGUUGGGAAACUUUCUAGAAAUACACAUGCAGACUAUUUGGAGGAAAUUGCAACAAAUGCUUGUAACUGUGUGAGCAAUGGUUUCGUGUGAGCUGGCCAUGUGGGUCAUUAUAGAGUUAAAGCAUUUUGUAAACAGUGCAGUUUGGGUGUUUUAAGUGUGGAAAAUCUGUUUUUUUUAAUUUUACAUUUGUCUUUUUAACACAAAGCAUUCAUGAGGCAUUCAAAAAUAGAAAACUCCUGUUAAUCCAUUAAAGGAUAAUUCCAGUUUAUUACCAGUUGGGUCUUAUUUUAAUCAUGAAUUUGUUCCAGGGCUUUGGAUACAUCAUUUGUAUCUGUUAUGAUUUUACCCACCAAAAUAACUAAAUGCUGAACUGGGAAAACUGCUGAAAAGAAAAACAAGCUGUCAGGAAAAAUAGACAAUAAUUAAAAACAGAUUAUUUUAACCAAUUUCGAGACAUCUGAAGUAAAACUGGAAAUUAGAGAUUAUGUUUUAGAUUUGUAAUGGAAAUUAAAAAAGUUCAUGCAGUUUUGUUGCAGGGUUGGACAGCAAAAUCAUUUCCUGUAAAGGAUUUUUAACUAAAAUGGAAUUGAAAUUCAGGAUUUUAACAUUCUUUGUGCACAUUGUUGUACUAACAUAUAAAGAUUAGGGAAGCUUCGGAGAUUCUGUUACAAUGUUCAGAUGCAAAACUUGAAUCAUAACCUCACCAUGUUAUCAGUUAAAUGACACUUGCUGUUUGUAACAUGACUAUAGUGUAGUGUUUGUGUCAGUGAGCAUGCUUAGUUAUCAUCAUGUUUUAUUGAGCGACAACUGGACACAACUUGUACUCAUGUUAUGGUGUUAGCUGAUCGGUCCCCAGUUUAAUUGUGAAUUUCUAAAAUAUUUGUGGAGGAAAACAAUCAAAAUGUACUUGAGGAGCAGUCAUGGAAAAAAAUAGUACAGCACCCUUGGUUUCUUGACUUUCUUGUUAAUUUUAAUGCCUGGUACAACUAAAGGUACAUUUGUUUGGACCAAUAUAAUAACAUCAAAAGCAGCUCAUAAAAGUGAAAUUUAAGCACUGAUAUCUAGAUAUUUCCAUGGUUUUCUUGAUAAUAACUGAUCAUUAUCAGGAAAAUUUCUAGAUGUCAGCUCUUUACUUAAACUCUUAUCAGCUAUUUUUGUUCUUAUCAUUAUAUUUGUCUAAACAAAUGUACCUUUAGUUGUACCAGGAAGAAGAAAUUGAAGAAAACAUGGUGCUCUAAUCAUUUUCCAAGACUGUAUAUCUCCUCUCAGAGAUGAUGACACGGACAGUCUGUGGCCUAGAGGAAUCUGUCUUGUAACCAGAGGGUUGCCGGUUCGAAUCCCUGAGCUGCCCUUGAGCAAGGCACCUAACCCCCCCACUGCUCCCUGGGUGCAGAAAUCUGCCGCCCACUGCUCUGGCAUAGUGUGUUCACUGGUGUGUAAAAGAUGGAUUAAAUGCAAAUUCACUGCUCACUGUUUCAAUGUGUGUGUGUGCGAGUUAAUGUAAAGUCCAGUGGUUUACCUGAGUCCUAGCUGUGUGUAGUGUUGUAAGGUUUUUAAGGGAAUCCCAGGUGUGAUUUGACCUCCCAACAUGCUACUAAUACAAGUGAGACUGUGCAGCAGUUAAGUGGAUCCCAGAGGAUGAUGCUGAAUGUUUUUUGACACCUCUCCACUAGAGCCACCCUCAGGACUAAAUUAUAUAUUUUAGCGCCACCAGUGAUGAGGCUGUAACAGUAAAAGGUGAAAUCAAUAUGUUGUUUGUGCUAUUUGUAGUUUGGAGGGAACACAACAGCAGAGCUGUAGACAUGUGGUCCUGUUUAUAACUUUAUGGAUAUGUGAGUGUUCAGAGACUCUCCUGACCCGGUUAAAGUACUUUGUCCUACCUCAUGGUCCAAUACUCCUUCCACUGGUAGAUGGCAGUUGGAAUCUGUAGAAAAGCUUGUCAGUGGACCUAUAGGUCAAGAUUAUUUUAUCAAACAUUGUCUUUCUCUCAUAUUAACGGGCUCCCUGACAAGGACAGAGGAACAUGUUAUGUGUAGCAUGCAAGUUGUAGAAUCUGGUCUAGAUCAGAGUGUGUGUGUGUGUGUGUGUGUCUGUGUCUGUGUCUGUGUGUGCAUGCCUGUCUCUCUCCUUCUGUGUGUGUGUGUGUGUGUGUGUGUGUGUGUGUGUGUGUCUGUGUGUCUGUGUGUCUGUGUGUGUGUCUCGCUCUGUGUGUGUGUGUGUAUGUUCGUUCACGUGAGUGUGUGUGUUCACGUGAGUCUAUAUCUGUGUGUGUGUGUGUGUGUGUGUCUUUCUGUCUGUCUGUCUGUCUGUCUGUCUGUCUGUCUUUCUUUGUGUGUGUGUGUGUGUGUGUGCGCGUGCGUGUUUGUGUGUGUGUGUGUGUGUGUGUGUGUGUGUUAUGGCUGGUGUUUUCUGUUGCUUUCGUCUGUUUAACUCAGUGUGUUGUUGGGGGCCUGGGUGGGGGGAAACUAAACUAUGAAAUGUGCAGAGAUAUUAUUCUUGUCAUUCUCCAUCAUGGCCACUGGUUUCUGGUUUGAUGUGCAAUAAACAUGCAUGUGUGUUACAAUAA